AUAAACUAGUGGAUGUGAAACUAACUAGCAAAUUAUCUAAUUCCCACCAAAAUCUGCAAAUGGCAAAAGGCUGCAAUACUGAGUCAAGUGAUUUCUUGCAAAUUGAGAGGAGAAGAGAAGUUUGUUCUGCUUUGAUCUACUCUUCUUCUUGCUCACUCCAAAAACCAGCAUUAAUUCUUCAUAGUAACCAUAAUUCAUGGUGAACCAAUUCCUUUUUCAUCAUUACCAUAUUUUCCUCGGGCCACCACCGCCGGCGCCGGACACAGCUAGCAGGGACGGUUUUAGAGGCCAGAUCCGCCCUUGACAGCGAGAGAGGAGAAUGACGGCUUACGGGUGCAGCGAUUCUCUGAGGAAUACAAUUAAUUAUAUUCUCCAUUCUUCUCAUUUUAGCCUUGUUGAGCCCUCUCCACAUAUCUUGCAACGCGCCUACUAUCAGUUGCGGCCGUUGCAAGAUAUUUUGGAACGAUGGACAGGACAAGGACAAGCAAGAGCAGGAAGAAGGUGAAUGCUUUGGAUGGAAGAAUCAAAGAGUUGAUUUGGGAAUUCCAAGACUUAUUGGAAUCCCUUCUCUACCAACAGAUUCUUGGAAUUCCUUCACAAUCUCGUGCAGACCAAGUUGAUGAAGAAAUGAAAGAGAGAGUAAGGGAAUUCGGAGGCUUAUUGGAAUCUCUUCCCUCACUACCACAGAUUCUAUUUCAAAGCCCUCGUCUACACCACACAAUCCCAACAAGAAGAAGAAGGAGAAUACAGGCACAAAUUGUAUUCACUUCCCAUAGCAACAAGAAGAGUACUGCCACCAGAUUGUAUUUCAAAGACUUCCUCCACACCACACAACCACAAGAGGAAAGAAGAAGAAGAAGAAGAAGACUGAUGGUGCAUAAAGAGAAAGGAAGAAAAUUCAACACGCCAAGAAUCAUGAAUGGUGUUGAGGGUGAGAGAAUCAGAUUCUCCAUUGAUCUGCGCUGCAUAGAAGAUGAUGUUGAUUCCUUCAUGGAGAGGCUCAAGGAUAUGGAGAAGGAAUACAUUUAUGAAGUGUACAAUAUGCCUGAAGACGACGACGUGGACCAAUCCAUUUCCUCAAGAAGUGGGACCAAGUCCAAGAUGAUUGGAUUAUCGGAUGAAUUCCAACAACUCAAAAAGGAACUUAUGGAAAGCCGUUGCUUUAACGAUUACAUCGCACUUGUUGGGACUGCAGGCGUUGGGAAGACUGCUCUUGCUGAGGCAGUUUUUGAAGAUCCAGAAAUCUUGAGCCAUUUUGAGCAUCGCGUGUGGGUCAGAGUAGGCAGAAAAUCUCAAUUCGAUGAUGUGUCACGAGGCAUUCUAGCUCAAAUGUGUGGAAUCACACAAGGAGAUCACGAAUUAGGUGCCUACUUGGAAGAAAGAUUGGAGGGAAAGAAAAACGUCCUUGAUGGUGUCUGGGAGGGAAAGAAAUGCCUCAUUGUGCUCGAUGAUGUGUGGGAGAGACAGAUAUUGGAUUCCUUGACAAGAUCCUUUGAGAACAUCAAUGAUGGAUUAAUUAAAAUCUUGGUUACUACUCGAGACAAAAACGUAUAUUGCUCAAAGCAUGGUCCUACUCAUACAAUAUUGGUGCGGUUUUUGAAGGAAGAAGAAAGUAAGGAGCUAUUAUGCGAGAAGGUGUUUGGUGAAAAGGAUUGCCCUUUUCACCUUGACAAAGCUAUCACCAAAAUUGCAAAGAACUGUGAAGAUCUUCCUCUUAUGAUAGUCACAGUGGCUGACAUCUUAUCAAAAAGCCCAGGAUACAGACCCCAAAUACUGGGAUGAUGUAGCAGAAAAGCGAAAUUCGGUCUUCACGGAUGCAUAUAAUGAGAUAUCAAAGGUACUUUUCCCAAGUUACGACUACUUACCUCAAUAUCUUAAAAUGCCUUUUCUGUAUAUGGGAGUCUUCCCUCCGGAAUAUAACAUCCCCCUUUCCAAGAUAAUGAAUAUGUUGGCUUGUGAGGGUUGGUUUCAUAACAUAAACAAAAAAGAGUCUUUGGAGGAUUCUAUCUUCAAAUGUUUGGACCAGCUUUGCAAUUAUAGGUAUCUUGCUUUAUUCAACGAAAGGAACAUCUAUAAUUCUUGGUGGGAGUUUGGUAACCGCAAGUUUAAAGCUUGUUGGCUUCAUUCUUCGUGGCGGUACGUGUGUAGAGGAGAGGCUCGGAAGAACAAGUUUUAUCACGUCUUAAAUAAACUUGAUGAAGACUUAGAAGAUAAUGUAAAAGGUCAGCAUUGCUUGUGUCUGGAAAAUAACAUUUUAUUUAGCAUCAAAGACUUUUGCAUUUCCAUGAGAUUGAACUGUGCAUCCUCUGCACGUUCUCUUCUUUUUUUUGGUCCGUACCACCAAUAUCCAAUCCCAUUGGGUGACGAUUUCAAGUUGCUUGGCAAACUAGACGCUCUUAAUCUACGUUUGUACACUUUCCCAACAGAAAUUCUUACACUAGUCCUGCUAAAGUACCUUGCUCUAACUUGCAAUGGAGAACUCCCGACAACCAUAUCCAAACUUUUCAACCUCCGAGUCUUGAUCAUCCAUCUGCAUAGCAACAUUAGAAUUUGUAGAGCUCCAUCGUAUGUACCAAUAGAAAUAUGGGAUAUGCAAGUGUUGGAGCAUAUUGAGAUAUUGGGGAAGAGCCUUGUAGCUCCAUGUCAUUAUACUUCUUUGGAAAAACUCUCAACACUUAUAGGUGUGAAUGCCAGCAUUUCUACUAUCUUGGAACUCUCCCACAAAGUUCCUUGUAUAAGGAAAUUAGGAGUUCAAAUCGAGCUAACCCCUUACGACGAGCAUGAUGACCUCUUAAGUUGCUUUGGUUGUGUUUCAACACUUGGAAGUUUGGAGACAUUGAAAUGUAGCAUCAUAAAUCCUGUGGUUAAGUACGAUCAUGCGUUUCCUAGUUCAUUGAUGUUGCCACGUUGGUUGAAAAAUUACAUUUGAGUGGCAUGGGUUUUUCUUGGGAAUACAUGGAUGUGAUUGGUUCUUUGCAUUCUCUUGAAGUGCUCAAAUUGCGAGCCUAUGCCUUUCGGGGUUCAAAGUGGGAAACACAACUGAGAAGUUUCUUGAAACUUAGGUUUCUUCUUAUUGAAGACAGUGAUUUGGUGCAAUGGAAACCAAGAUAUGGAAGCUUCCCUAAUCUUGUUCGCCUAAGCUUGAAACAUUGCUACAAACUAGAAGAGAUCCACUGGCCGUCUCAUUAUAUGCUCGGAACCAUUGAAGUAGUGAACUGCAAUCCUGUAGCUUUGACUUGUGCUAAGAAACUACGACCGGAUCCAGAGACUUCCAUUGAUGUCACUGCCUCGUUUUCUUUUGACGAGAAACCCGUUACUAUCAAGUUUGAAAGGCAUGGGUAUAAAAGAUGGAUCAAACGGAAAGAUGGGAUGCCAUGUUCUCCAAUCCCACUCAGUCGUUGUAUUACAGACAACAAAAAUGCUGCAGGAUUCACAGGUGUUCAUGCUGUGGGAACCUCGAGUGUUCAUUGCCGCUGAUGUUUAUGAAAAAGGCUCCUUUGAUGAAGAAGGCUCCUUUGAUGCUACCGAGUCCGACUUGGAUGAAGAAGACUCCGUUGAUGCUACCGAGUCCGACUUUGAUGAAGAAGGCUCCUUUGACGCUACCGAGUCCGACAACGAUGUCGAGGAUGAGGAUGCUCAAGAUGUGCCGGAGGCUGUUGAUGAGGCUGAUGAGUGAUGAGACGAUGGCUCCCUUGUAAUUUCUUUGACAAAAAGGGGGAGUAUGGUUGUUGAUGCUUUUGGAUUGUAUGGGGUUUCUCCCGCCUUCGUAUUAAGGGGGAGUGUUUACGAAU